AUGUCCCGACGCCGCGUUAUCGUUCUCAGUAAACCUGUCGAGCUGCGCGACGAUAAAGAGCGACAACGAAAAGCGGACGAGGACGAUGAGUUCCUCGCAGAUGAUAAUUUCGAUAGCAAGCGGAAAUGGAUCCGGACGGAUCUUGCAGAAAUGUUCAACUUAAGGCGCGAAUCGGAGCUUUCAUUCGAGAAGGCCGAGACAACAGCCGAAGACCUUUUGAUGCUCCUCGAUACCUUGUGGACGCUGGCUGAGGAUGCCUCGGAUUCCGACCGGGUUCGUUGA